AGCUAUUGGUAACUUUUAUCAGAUUCAACGGUGUAAGUUCAUAGCCCAUUAUUCGGCAUGACACAACACGUGUGUGCAGGUUUUGGGAUAUACAGGCUACCUGGACACAACAGUGAAUACACACUAUAGAUGUGUGUACUUCUACAGAAACGUACGUUACUUAAAUGUCAUGGGUUUGUUGACCGAUAUAGAUCCAAAGCGCUCCAACACUAUUCGGCAAUUACGUUGAAGAAACAGAUACCAUAUGCAACAUCACAUCACCUGAGACUGUAGGUUGUUCUUUCUGAUUACGAUUUAUACACAAACCAUAAACACUAAACACGCUAUUCACUUCUUGUCAUGUCGCUGAAGUUAAAAAACACUGCUAAAUUUCGCAACCAAAGAAACUACGACGAAGAGCCACAGUUUUACCCGCAGCCCAAACGAGCAAGUACAACUGGUGACAAAACUAAUCCUAGACUAACCAAACAGCCAAAAUAUAUUUACAAAAUCCCUGGGCCUGCCGACUAUAAUCUUAGCGGCGUCAUGGUUGAUAAACAAAAGGCACCAUCGUUCUCAUUUACUGGUAGUCGUUGGCCUUUGCGUAACAAUCCUAUAUACCUUGAUGAUGGAAAUAUUAUGUUCUUUGAUUCAUAUGACAUUAGACCUGGACCGGGCAUCAUUGAUCCAGACCAUUGUAAACAACCUUUGAGGGGACCAUACUUUUCAUUUGGUUGUCGGGAUGAUAGAGUGUACUGCAAUCGUGCACACGACCCUUCUCCUGGACCUGGCGCAUAUUCCCUUGAAGAUAACGUGACACGAACAGGGCCAAUUCCGGGCUACGUGUGUAAAUACGGAGCUUUCGAUUAUUCCAUGAGCUGGCGUCGUCAAAGAAACAAAUAUGCGGUCAAUGAGGAAGGCGAUGAAAGUAGAAGAAACCUUAGCGAGGAACUGUAAACAUUUUAAUGUAAAAAAUGUAUUCAUCAAUGGCCGGUAUCAAAACUGUAAAUGCAUGCAUGUACAUGUGCACCGUUUGUGUGAGUCGACAUCAUUUGGAAGCAACACACAAAACGAACGUGCCCUAACAUUUCCGUAUUAUAUUGUUACAUAAAAGUUUAUAGUCAGUCAUGUAAAACCAGGGUCUAAUUCACAUUUAGCUCUGUUUUGCGAUGCAAGUUGCAGAUACCAGUUGUUGUGCAACAAAGGUGAACGUGUAGGCUUACUUUCUUUGUCCGUAUUUUAUGGUUCGCUUUGGCGAAAAGGUGGGAUGUUUGUUUAACGAAACGAUUACAGGUGUCCAACAAAAUACACAUAAAUUAUGCAUUAUUUAAUAUGCAUGUAUUAAUUACUAUAAAUAAACAAUGGAAGAGUA